AUGGAUACCGAGGGAGUUAUAAAGCAAUGGCGUAAAUUACUGCCAAGACAUAGUGGAUUGAAGCAUGUGCUUGCUCUACAAGAGCGACAUCAGCAGCAUUUGGAUUGUUUAUUCGAUAUAGAUAACAGUGUUAUUGAGGUGGAUAUUAAGGAUUAUGAUGUUAAUUUUGAAGAUCUGGCGGCAAGCCCCAAUAAAUCCCUUGAACUUUUCCGAGCCAAAAACAAAGCACACCGCUUAGAAGGCUUCUUGAGGGACGGAGUUUUCAUCGGUAACACAUUGAAGACAUGGUCUAAUGGGUCUAAAGAAUUAUUUUUCAUGAAGAGUGGAGUCAAACACGGCUUCUCCGUUUCGUAUGAUAAGAAUCUGCGCUUAAAAUGGUUUGGCCUUUUUCGCAACGGACGACGGGAAGGAACUUGGUGGGAAUUCCUCGAGAAUGACUGUGGUUGUUUCGUUCACUAUUUUAAGGAUGAUCAGAGUGAAAAUCAGAAAAUAUUUUUAUACCCAAAUUACCGCAUUGGAUAUCAAGGGCACUUCGAAGGUCACAAUAUGAUGGAGGCUUAUUUAAUCCAGGUGACUGGCAUUGGGAUGGAUUCAGGUGUACUACUGCCCUUGGUCAAGACAACCUGCCCUGCCCCGGCCAAACUUUUGAAUGGAAUCAAUAUCGACCCCUUGGUUUCAGAUCCUCUCGAGUCUCAAAUGGUAGAGGUCAAUUUGUCUUCGAUACCUGGAGCAGAAGAAGGGCUCUUUGCUAAGAGGUCCUUUGAGCCCGGAGACCUUGUGGCUUACUUCAAUGGCAUUCGAAUUAAAGUGGACGAAGCCCAACCUUCCGAUUACGCUCUCUAUCUUGAAGAAGGUUGGAUUCUGGAUAUUCCUGAAGAUUUGAGAUCAUUAUCCAAGUACAAAGCUACCCUGGGACACAAGGUUUGUCACUCAUUCGAAGCCAAUGCAGAAUACUCACACGGGUUCCACCCAAAGUACGGAAACAUUCGGAUCAUUUUAGCCACCCUCAAAAUUACCAAAGGCCAGGAAAUCUUCUGCAACUAUAAGUAUUCCUGGGCCAAGUCACCAGAAUGGUACAAAGCCAGUUUGAUGGCUUAUCUACGCACCAAGGGAAAGUCCGAGGAAAAGAUAAAGCAAGUCAUCCUUAACUUGGAAUCGGACAAAACGCAGACCCGCCGCUAUGAUCAAGUUACAUGAAGAUAUUGAAUGGGGAAUUUACCUUUUUUCCUGAACGACGCCACUAAAGAGCCCUCCCUACCUCCACAACAUGUGUUGCACUUCUAGAUUCCUCUGAUCUAUUCACCACCACAUACAACGCAACUCCAGGCACGACGAAAAGACUCCAACAGGGUUUCCAAUAAAAUUGUGUAUCGCUAUUAUUUCGUGCAUUCAAUUUUACUCGAUAGAAAGGAUGGACGAGGACUCGUUCGAGAAUAAGAGACAGUUGACGGACUUUUUGUCAUACUCAUUCACGUAAAUGAAGAAAUCAGUUUUUGUCACUCA